UCGAGGCUCCUCCCCAGACGGCCCACCCACGUGUCUACCUGCACGGGUCCGAGAAAUUGUCACCAAAAACCUCAACGAUAACUCAGGGGCCAUGUCCUCAGUCAUGUCCCUCCAGGAGGAGAACCGAGUGUUGCAGGGUGAGCUGGGAAGGCUGGAGGACCUGCUAGCCCACAGCAGGGCAGACCGAGAUGAGCUGGCCAUCAAGUACAGUGCCAUCAGUGAGAGGCUGGAACAGACUCUACGUCUGGAGACAGGUGAGGAGCAGGAUUCCCCUGAGUCUCGCAGCCUUGCCCAGCAGAACGUGGACCUGCGCAGACGUCUGGACGAGGAGCAGGCGGCCUACAAGCGCAAGCUCACCGCUUACCAGGAGGGGCAGCAGAGGCAGGCUCAGCUUGUGCAGAAACUUCAGGCCAAGGUGUUGCAGUACAAGAAGAGAUGUGGGGAUCUUGAGCAGACACUGUUGGAGAGGUCCUCAGAGCUCGAGCAGCACAGACUAAGUGGACGCUGUGAUUUGUCAAGCAACAAUCGCCAUGGAGGAGAAGAUGAUCCAGGAAGCGACCUGGAAAAUGCUCUUAUCCGAUUGGAAGAGGAACAGCAAAGAAGCAGCAGUCUUUCAGCGGUGAAUGCCAUGUUGAGAGAGCAGCUGGAGCAGGCAGGGUUGGCCAAUGAGGCGCUCAGCCAAGACCUUCGCAGGCUCACUGUUGAUUGGACCAAAGCCAGGGAGGAGCUGGAGCAGAGGGAGUCCGAUUGGAGGAGAGAGGAAGAGUCUUUUCAUAGUUAUUUCAGCACUGAGCACAGUAGGCUACUGUCACUAUGGCGACAGGUGGUGGGCUUCCGAAGGCAUGUGUGUGAGCUGAAGAGUGCCACAGAGAGGGACCUGUCCGACAUGCGUAAUGAGCUGGCGAGGACGUCUCAGUCGGCACAGUCGGCAUGCACUGGCCUCAACGCCUCGCUGCGAAGCCGGGAGGGUGGGGCUGCUCUGACGCUGGAGCGUGAGACGGCGCUGCGGGCGCAGCUGGAGCUGCAGCUGAGAGAACGCGUGGCGGAGAUGAUGAGCCUGCAGACCAGAACAGACUCAGAGAGGGCGGAGCUUAACGCCAGGUUUUCAGAUGCGGUGCGGGAGGCAGAGAGGAUGAAAGGACAACUGGAGGAUAAAGACAGAGACUUGGUCACUCUGACCAGGAGGCUGGAGGAGCAGAGUGGCAAUGAUGAAUCUGACCUGCAAGUGAUGAGAACUCACACAGAGACUCUGCUGGACACACUGAGGGAUAUUGCCCAGUCCGUCCUGUCAGACGGAGACUCAUCCUCAGAAGCAGAUCAGGACAGCAGCGGAGCCCCCAUGUUGGCCCUACUCCGAGGCUCCUCCCCACAUCGCUCCUCAUCUCCACGGCGAUCCUCCUCCCCAUCACGUACCUGGUGGGUGCCCCUCCCAGAGGCUAGCCUGUCCGCUCUGCGCUCGGCAGUGAGCAGCAGACAGCUCCAACUGCAGGAUCUGCGCGGGCGCCUGACGAGUGCUCAGUCCUCGGUGCAGCAGCUACGCAGGCAGCUGACUGAGGCCGAGUCGUCCAGGCGAGAGGUGGAGCAGCGCAGCCAGGCCCUGCAGGGAGAGAGGGACGCUGCCCAGAGAGAGAAGGACACCAUGCAGAGGGAGAGGGACAGGCUGAAACAGGACAGAGAUGCCCUUGCCAGUGAGAGGGCCAGUGUGGAGAGGGCAGCUCAGGCAGCCCAGAGCCAGGCUCAGGCCCUCCAGAUGGACUGUGAGAGACUCCAACUGUCUGUGACCUCGGCCCUGAGAGAGAGAGACCGUGAGAAGGAGGAGAAGCAAGCCAUCAGCCAGGAGCGAGACCGAGCCAAGGCGGAGGCAGAGCGAGUUCAGAAGCAGUGGGAGCAGAGUGAGUGCCGUGCCUCGGCCCAGCGCGGGGAGCUGUCCUCAGUGAGGGAGACUCACCAGCAGGGGGAGGUGGAGAAGCAGCUUCUGGAGGGAGAAAGGACCCAGCUUACAGAGGCUCUGGCUCGGGCUGAGAGCAGUAAUGCAGAGCUCUCGCUGCUGGUCAACAAACUCCGGUCCGAGGAGGCCGCCCUCAGGGACUCUCUGUCCAAGAUGGGCAGCAUGAACGAGGGCCUGGCCCAGGACAAGACUGACCUCAACACAAUCAUCAGCCAGCUGGAGGAGGAGAAGGCUCAUCUGUGUGCUCAGAAACGGGAGGCAGAGCAAGAGAAGCUGACAAUUAGAGAUGAGCUGGUCCGAUUGGAGCAGGACCGACUAGAGCUGGACUCGGCCCGUCUCUCUCUUUACCAGUCGCUGCAGGACACUGAGAUGAGCAGGGUGGGGAUAGAGGCUGAGCUGCAGACCCUCAGGGCUGAAAGAGUCAAGCUUCAGGACAAAGUCACUCAGCUGUGUGGGGAGGUGAGCUCCCUCAGCGCUGAGCUGGGCCUUGCUCGUGGCGAGGAGCAACGGCAGGGAGUAGCCUUGGAGGAGGUGGGGCGGGGGCGGGCGGAGCUGACCAGAGAGAAGGCGGGGCUAGUCGUUCAGCUGACUGCAUCGGAGAGAGAGAAUGCCAUUCUGACAGAGGAACUAGCUGCAUUCAGGUCUGAGCGGGAGGCGCUGGAGACCAGCCUGUUUGAGGUGCAGCAGCAGCUGGUUCAGCUGGAGUCUCGAAGGGAGCAGCUGGAGAGUGAGAACCAGACCUUCAGGCUCCGCACUGAGAGCUCCACCGCUGAGCUGCGGCGGGUGCGUUCGGAGGGAGAGAACGCGUUAGCCCGCAGUGAGAGGGAGAGAGAGGCUCUCGCUCAGGCCCUCAGCAUCACUCAGCUGGAGGCCCAGCAGAACUUGCGCAAUGCCAUAUCUGACCACCAGGAGGAACUGGAGAAACUGGCCGCUGAGAAGGAGUCCCUCCGCUGCAGUCUGGUGAGCGAACAGGAGGCAGUGCUGAGGAGGUUGAGGCAGGAGGCAGAGGAGCAGCUUCUCAGAGCGGAGAGAGAGGGAGAGGAGCUGAGGGAGGAGGUCCGGAGUGUGCAGCACGACAGAGACCAGAGUCUUCUCCAGGCCGAGACAGAGAAGCAACAGGCGCUGUCCCUAAAGGAGGCUGAGAAGGCAGGUCUGUCUGAGAAACUGUGCACCCUGCAGGCUGAGCUGGCCACUGUUGGGCUGGAGGUGGAGAGACUGGCCAGAGAGUCAGCCCACUACAAAGACCUGGAGAGGGCCACAGUGGGAGCUCUGACCGGGGAGUUACUGGAACUUCGCUCCCAGCUGGAGGAUGCAGCCAGCCUGCAUGAGCGAGACCUGCACAGGCUGCAGGAGAGCUGCACAGACCUGCAGACACGCUCUGACGCCGCCCUCAAAGAGUUGGAGGAGUGCAGAGCCUCCCUAACAGCCAGUGAGGAGAGUCGUGACCAGUUGCGGAGGGACAUGCUGGAGAUGGAGAGGCGUCUCAACCAAACACGGGACACCGGGGAGGGCUACAGAAGGGAUGGGAUGGAGUUACAUCGCACCCUCGAUGAUGUCACCAAAGAAAAGGAUACUCUCAGCCAAUCAAACAGACAGCUGAGGGAGACAUUGAGAAGUGCUGAAAUGGAGAGAAUCAGUGUGAAGCGUCAGUGUGAGGAGAAAGAGCAGCGUGUGGCCGUGCUGGAGGAGAGCCUGGCAGCGACUCAGAGGGAGGUGUUGGAGCUGCGCAGCUGCCUGAGGGAGGUGGAGAAGUCCCGCCUGGAGGCCCGCAGAGAGCUGCAGGAGCUCCGCAGACAGGUGAAGGUGUUGGAUGGAGAGAAGGAGCAGAAGGGGAGGGAGGUGGCAGAGCUGCAGACCCGCCUCUCCCUGGAGGAACAGAGAGAGGAGGAGAGAGGGAGGGACAUCUUUUCUCUCAAGCAGAAGCUGACUGAAGCAGACACAGUCAGGAACUGCAUCAAGAAGGAGCUGUCUGUCCUCCAGCGGUGCCUGGCAGACUCAGAGUCAGGCUGGCGGGGCUGUGAGAGGGAGCUCACCGCCCAGCUGCAGGAAGCUCGUGGAUGUGAGAAGAAGCUGCAGGACGAGGCCAGGAACCUGUCCCUGCGGGCCCAGACAGCCCAGGACUCAGCGGCCCAGGCCAGCCUGCAGCUCAGCGAGGCCCAGGGCCGCCUGGCAGCCACCGAGGCAGAGCUGGCCCGGGCCGAGGCCGGCCGCAGGGAGCUGGAGUUCAGGCUGGGCAGCCUGCAGUCGGCGUUGACCCGCACGCUGGGCAUAGGGGCUGGUGGCAGGGGCAGCACAGGUGGUGGCAGGGGUAGGAGUCCGGGAGGUAGCUCGCCGUCUCCCAGCAGCAUGGCCCGUCACCGUAGCCUCUCACCCAUGCGGAGCUCAUUGACACCUCCCAAAGAUUUCCGGGGCAGUACCCCUGACAAUGCCCUGGGUUUGAGACCUCUCUCUCCGGAGAAGGGGGACACCCCCAUGCCUUUGCCAGAGUUGGACCCGGAGACCUUGCGUUGUGGCCUCCGAGACUUCCUCCAGGAGUUGCGUGAUGCACAGAGAGACAGGGAUGACACUCGCUGCCAGCUGGGGGCGCUACAGCGGGAAAUCGAGGAGGUGACAGUGGAGCGAGAAGCAGCUCAGAACCGUCUGGUUCAGAUCCACAACUCCCUCCAGGAGUGUCAGGAGGGUAAGCGCGGCGUGGACGGCCGUCUGAGCUCCACCCAGGCCAUGCUGCAGCAGCAGGAGGACGCUGUACGGAGGGGCGACAGGGAGAGGAGGGCUCUGGCUGACCGAGUCAAGGAGCUGGAGAGAUCCCUGCAAGCCACUGACACUGAGAAGAAACACACUCAGGACCAGCUGAGUAAGCAGCGUGCCUGUGAGGUGCGCCUGGAGGCUGAGCGCAGGCGUCUGAGGGAGGCCCUGGAGGCCGCCGAGGCCCGGGCCACCAGGUUGGAGCUGGGCAGGCGCAGCUUGGAGGGGGAGCUGGGACGGGUGAGGCUCAGCCUCGGGGAUAGGGAGGCCGAGACCCAGGCCACCCAGGACAGACACGACUCCCUAUUCAAACAGGUGGCCGAGGGGGAGAGCCGUGUGUCCUCGCUUCUAAGAGAGGUGGAAAAACUGAGCCAGGCCCUGUCUAAAGCCCAGGAAGGAGAGACCUCUCUCCGGGAGAAGAACCAGACCCUCAGCCAGAGCCUUCAGGAAGCCACUGCAGCCCACAGCACCACCCAGGGGCGCCUGGCAGCAGUGCAGAAAUCUCAGUGCUUGGCAGAGCAGGACAGGAGACAGCUGCAGGAGGUUCUGGAUGAGGUGCGGUCAGCCAUGACUGAAGGGAAGAGGAACAUGACGGUCCUUACUGAGCGUGUGCACAGCCUGCAGAGUGAUCUGAGUCAGAGCGAGCUGAGACGAGGAGAGCUGGAGGCGGAGCUGGCCCACACCCAAGAGGCUCUGCGUCUGCGCUCCGCCAGUCUGGCGGAGACCCAGCGCAGUGCCCAGUCCGCCCAGACGGAGCGGGCGUCAGCCGAGGAGAGACUGCGAGGGCUCCAGAGGGCCGUGGCCAUGCUCGAGACGGAGAAGAGAGACGCAGAAAGACAGGCUGUCCGUCUGGAGAAGGACAAGAAUGCCUUGAGGAGCACACUGGAUAAGGUGGAGCGCCAGAAGCUGAAGACAGAGGAGGGCAGCAUGCGUCUGUCUGCAGAGAAAAGCCGUCUGGACCGAUCCCUCAACACCACUGAGCAGGAGCUGCAGGACGCUCAGAGACAGAUAGCUCUGCUGGAGGCCCAGCUGGCCGAGAUGGAGCAAUCCCACAGUGUGAGCGAGAGCUUGGCUCGGCAGCGUGAGGAGGCCCAGCGUGAGGCCGAGAGGCUGAGGCUGGCCCACAAGGAGGCUGAGAAGACCCUGGCUGCUAGAGAGAGAGUACACCGCCACAGGGUCAAAGGCCUGGAGGAACAGGUGUCCACUCUAAAGGAGCAGCUGCAGCAGGAGAUGAGGCGACGACAGCCCUCCCUGCCCCCCUCCGUAAUGUCUGGGGGGAACUAAAUAGCACCCCCUAUCUCUGAGGACCAAUAACUGGAAAAAUGCUUAGAGAAGCAGUAAUUGCAACAAUGCCUUUCCAGCUCUCCUCCUACUCAGGGAGAAACUUCAGACACCACAAGAUCCAGACAGGCUCUGAACCGAGGCCUGCUUCAGGAAUCAUGGAGUGAUAUCCACAGAUAUGCCAGUCCAGGGUUGAAUUCUCUUCCCUCAAAUCCACUUACAAAGAGAAAGAGUUUUGGAUUUAGUGACAGCACCAGGCAACUCACUAAACAACUAUUUAAAGGAACUUUACUGUCCCCACUAUUUCCUACAAUGUGAUUUUAUUGAUUGUCAGGACUUGUAGGUAGACACUGAUGCAUAAAUAACACAUUAAGGGACUAAAUUAGACCAUGUGUUAUGUACUGUGUGUGUGCACAAUAUGUUUUAGAUGAUGUAUACUGCUAAUGCUACUAACAUUGGUAUUACUGUCAAACUGAUGUAAACUUAUCUACAAUGGAAAUGUGUGGAUAUAUAAUUUAUAAAAAGUCUGUGUAAUACAUAGUCCAGAACCAUCCAGAACCAGUACACCUCAUUUGCAAAGGGAUUGUGUAUGAGGGAAUGGUCAUACAUUUUAACUGCUGUAUAUCAUACUAAAAUAAAUUUGGCCUCCAUAUGA